ACAACCCCUUCCCCCUCACUGCAGAAUAGUUCAAUUUUUUUAGACCAAACCAAAACGGAGCAGCCUUCUCUCUUGAGAUUGACAGGAUAGUUGGGGGCAAAAGCAACGUGUAUUAUUUUACAUUUGUAUCUUUAUUUCUGUGAAUGUAAAUGAGGGGCAUUUGGCAAUGGAGCAUUUUACCCCUGGAGUUCUACUCAGGAUCUGAUCUCUGGUAACAUAUUGGUAUUUUCUUUUCUUUUCUUUUUUUUUUUUCUUUCCCUUGACAGCAUGAUGCUGACGUCCCUGAAAUCCACCAUCAAAAUCCCUGCUCAAGAAAAGCAAACAACCCCUCCCCCAAAUUUUUGAGAGGCCACGUGACCUUUCCACCUGCGCAUCCAUCUUCCCGCACCACCCCAGGGAAUGUCGUAGCCGGUUUUGCGGCCGGCUUCCCCGUAGGCAGCGUCGGCCCCCCGCCAGCCCCCUCGUUCCGCUGCGGACAGCAGCAUCCCCACGCCGUGCCUAGGCGGGCCGCGUCGCGCCGGCUCCCGGAGCAGCGGGCGGGUAUGGCGGGGUCCGGCGGGGCGGCGGCGCCGCUGGUGCUGUACCACUGGACGCAGUCCUUCUCCUCGCAGAAGGUGCGCCUAGCCAUUGCUGAGAAAGCACUGACGUGUGAAGAACAUGAUGUCAAUCUGCCCUUGAGUGAACACAACGAGCCGUGGUUUAUGCGCUUAAAUGCAUCUGGAGAAGUACCUGUCCUCAUCCAUGGGGAAAAUAUUAUUUGUGAUGCAACGCAGAUCAUUGAUUAUCUUGAAGCAACGUUUGUAGAUGCUGAAGUGCCAAGACUAAUGCCGGAAGAAGGAAGCAUGUAUUAUCCAAGGGUGCAACAUUACAGGGAGCUUCUAGACUCCUUGCCUAUGGAUGCCUACACACACGGCUGUAUUCUGCACCCUGAGUUAACUGUGGACUCCAUGAUUCCAGCCUAUGCUACAAGCAGAAUCCGUAGUCAAAUAAGUAAUACAGAAUCAGAGUUGAAAAAGCUUGCAGAAGAAAAUCCAGACCUUCAAGAUGCCUACAUAGCAAAACAGAAGCGCCUUAAAUCUAAACUGCUGGAUCACGAUAAUAUAAAAUACCUAAAGAAAAUACUGGAUGAACUGGAGAAGGUUUUGGAUCAGGUUGAGACUGAAUUGCAGCGUCGAAAUGAAGAAACACCAGAAGAUGGAAGUCAGCCUUGGCUCUGUGGUGAAUUCUUCAGUUUGGCAGAUGUAUCACUUGCUGUCACAUUACAUCGGUUGAAAUUUCUUGGAUUAGCAAGAAGAAACUGGGGAAACGGAAAACGGCCGAACUUAGAAGCAUAUUAUGAGCGUGUCCUGAAGAGAAAAGCAUUUCACAAAGUUUUAGGACACGUCAACAAUAUAUUAAUCUCAGCAGUUUUGCCAACUGCAUUUCGAGUGGCCAAGAAGAGAGCACCCAGAGCUCUUGGCACCACCCUGAUGGUCAGCAUGCUAGCAGGAAUAGCUUAUUUUGCUUUAGUGUGUCUUCGGAAGAGAUUUGCCAACAUGAUGUUAUCAAUUAGAACCAGACAAAAUUAUUUUUAGAUCUGUUUGCCCCUGGUGGCAAGUGGAGGCCAUUUCUAUGCCCCCAGUAGACUAUACCCAAUAAAAUAUAAGCGUAUAAGAAAGGUUAUGUUUGUGAAUUAGAACUUUGUCACAGUAAUCAUCUCCUGCAGUUGUAUAAUUUGAUUGACAAUGAUGAUGUAUUUGCAGAAAAUAUAUAUGGAGGAGAGGGCAACAGAAGAAAGAAUCAUCAUAGACUCAUAAAAUUGCUUGAGUUGGAAGGGACCUCAAGGAUCAUCAAGCUCCAAGUCGCCUGCUGCAGACAAGGCCACCAACUUCCCCAUUUAAUACUAAAUCAGGCUGCCCAGGGCCCCAUCCAACCUGGCCUUGAACACC